UUCUCAUCUAUGAUCUAUUCAUCAUUUACGGGUUUCUCACUGAUCAAUCAAAGAAGCCUAAUUCUCUCUUUCUCCCAUCUCUCUCUAUCGGAACCCUCAAACAAACAAAACCCAGAAUUUCUGUUUUCUCUUACCGAUUCAUUUUUGUUUCUGCAGUUACUUUGAAUCCAUGGAUUCGAGCACCAAGAAUUCAAAAUCAGUUACUCCUGUGAAAGAUCCUCAAGCCAAGAUUUCAAAAAAUUCCGAGAAUUCAAAAAAUUCCGAGAAUUCAAAUCCCAAUGUUUCCUAUUCAAGUCCUAAUGCAAAACCCACGAAUUCCCCGAUUACCAAAUCUGCAAAAUCUCAAAAAUCAGCCUCAAAGAAUCAUAUUAUCAAUCAAAGUUCGAAUCUUCACUCUCCUAGAAACAAGAUCAGAGAACGAAAAUUUGUUGUGGCAAAGAAAAAUUCGAAAAAGGAGAAAGCGAAUUCAAAUUCAACUGUAGAGUGCAAAUGCAAAGAGAAAUUUGGGGGAAACAUAAAAAAGUGUUUAUGUGUAGCUUAUGAAACACUGAGAGCUUCACAAGAAGAGUUUUUCAAGAACAGGUCCAUAGGAGAGAAAGAAGAAUUGGAAGAUAAAGAAAAGGAAAGUGGUUUUAAAGCCGACAGUGAAGUUGAAGAAGAAGAGGAGAUAGAGAAAGGUUUUAUGGCUCAAAAGAAUGAGAAUGAAGAAGAUGAGAGCGAGCAAUUGGAGCAAAUAGGUAUUUCUACAGUUAAGAGAAGGAGAGAAAGGUUGCUUGAACAAGCAAGAAGUAGUGUACCUGAAUGUGGGAAAGUGAUGCAUCUGGUUCAGGCUUUUGAGAGGCUACGUACAAUACCAGAUCCCAAGGAUUCUGAUAAGAAGGAAGAGGAGGAGAUUAAAGAGGACAAAAAGAAGGCAAUGCAAUGGGCAUUGCCUGGAUUACAGCAUCCUAAAGUUCCAGAAUCGCAGGAUUCUCCUUCUUCUCUAUGCCCAUCUGAUUUGUUUCUCACUUCUAAGAAUCUAGGUUUGGAUCCAAGGCUUUCUGUUUCCUCAUCGUGGGACAGUAGUCAAGGCAGUAUUUCUAGCAGGACUUCUAAUGGAGGUCGGAGAAGCCGAAGAAAUAGCUCUGAGUCAUGCAGCACAAUGGGUGGGAGGAGAUGGAAGAAAAAGCAGCUUAAAAUCACAAGUCAAAAGCCAUUUAAGCUGAGGACAGAGCAAAGGGGAAAACAGAAGGAGGAAGAAUUCAUGAAAAAAUUGCAGGAAAUGAUGACCGAGGAGGAGAAGCAGCGGAUUCCUAUUGCACAAGGCCUUCCUUGGACAACAGAUGAACCUGAGUGUCUUAUAAAACCUCCAGUAAAAGAGAAUACCAGACCCAUUGACCUUAGGCUCCACAGUGAUAUUCGGGCAGUGGAGCGUGCCGAGUUUGAUCACCAGGUGGCUGAGAAGUUAACCCUUAUUGAGCAAUACAAAAUGGAAAGAGAGAGGCAGCAAAAGCUAGCAGAAGAGGAAGAAAUACGCAGAUUGAGAAAGGAGCUGGUUCCAAAAGCACAACCCAUGCCCUAUUUUGACAGGCCCUUCAUUCCCAGAAGGUCAGUGAAGCAUCCAACUGUGCCUAAAGAACCAAAAUUUCACAUUCCUCAGCAAAAGAAAAUCAAAAGUUGUCUGUCGUGGAACGACAUGAGCACCUUCACUUACCAAGAACAAUGAGAAGCGUUUCUAGGCAUCAUAAUUCCUUAUCAAUCUACUAAAUAAUGUUAACUGUGAUUCUUCCAUAUUCUUAUUGUACAUGAUGCAACUGAUUUAGUUGCAAUUUUGUGAACUCUGGUUUGUUUUUCAAGUAUAGUGAAAUUAAUGAAAAACCGGCUGGGUAGAAAGUUCUCAGUUCAGUCA